GGGGCGGUGGAGUCCAUCGCCAUGAAGAACCCCAAGGAGAGGACGGCGCUGUUCGAGGAGAUCAGCCGCUCGGGGGAGCUGGCCCAGGAGUACGACAAGCGCAAGAAGGAGAUGGUGAAGGCCGAGGAGGACACCCAGUUCAACUACCACCGCAAGAAGAACAUCGCCGCCGAGCGCAAGGAGGCCAAGCAGGAGAAGGAGGAGGCGGAUCGUUACCAGCGGCUGAAGGACGAGGUGGUGAGGGCCCAAGUGCAGCUCCAGCUCUUCAAGCUCUACCACAACGAGGCCGAGAUCGAGAAGCUCAACAAGGAGCUGGGGCUGAAGAACAGGGAGAUCGACAAGGACAAGAAGAGGAUGGACCGGGUGGAGGACGAGCUGAAGGACCGCAAGAAGGAGCUGGGCAAGAUGAUGAGGGAGCAGCAGCAGAUCGAGAAGGAAAUCAA